UAUCAUGUGUAAUACACUCGUUCUUAUAUAAUUUAGUUGGCUUGUAAACGAGAUUAAAAUUGGAAGUAAAUUCUGUUAUUUAACAAUGACGACCUACUUUUCAUAUCCCUCUGAGGAGUUGCAAAAGGAGUUGAAGAGGACUGCGGAAGCCAUUGUUGCUCCUGGAAAAGGAAUUUUGGCUGUAGAUGAAACCAAUGAGGGAAUUGGCAAACUUUUUGCCGCAGUCGGUUUGGAGAACACCGAAAAUAACAGAAGGAAGUACAGACAAUUACUCUUCACUGCAGAUGUAAGUAAAUAUUGUAUUUUAUCCGAGAACGUAUCUGCAGUUAUUCUUUUUGAUGAAACUAUAUAUCAAAAAGCAGAUGAUGGAAGCAGUUUCAUUAGCAUAUUGCAAAAGAAAAAUAUUAUACCAGGGAUCAAGGUGGAUAAGGAUGUAGUACCUCUGCCUUAUACUGAAGACGAAGUAACUACGCAAGGUCUCGACGACCUAGCAAAGCGGUGCGCCGAGUACAAAAAGCAAGGGUGCAGGUUUGCGAAAUGGCGGUGUCCUCUACGCAUUAGUGAGAGGACCCCAUCGGUCCUUGCUAUUGAAGAUACAGCACGUGUGCUAGCUAGAUAUGCUUCGAUAUGUCAGAGUGAAGGGCUGGUGCCUAUAGUUGAACCGGAUGUACUGUUGGAUGGCGAUCAUGACAUUGUAAGAGCCCAAAAAGUGACUGAAAUUGUACUAGCAGCGGUAUACAAAGCGCUAAGUGACCAUCACGUUUUCCUCGAGGGAUCGCUGCUGAAGCCCAAUAUGGUAACUCCAGGACAAAAUUGCAAGAUAAGGAGCAGCCCUCAGGAAAUAGCGUUGGCAACCGUGACAGCCUUUUUGAGAACAAUCCCUGCAGCUGUACCAGGCAUAACCUUCCUAUCUGGAGGUCAGUCUGAAGAAGAAGCAACCCUGAAUUUAAAUGCUAUCAACCAGGUGCCUUUGAAGAAGCCCUGGGUACUAACUUUCAGCUAUGGAAGAGCCCUACAGGCAUCCGUGUGGAAGACUUGGGCUGGUAAAGAUAGUAACGUUAAGAAAGCACAAGAAGAACUUAUCAAGAGAACCAAGGCAAACGGGUUGGCGUCAAUGGGAAAAUAUGAAUCGGGAGGAGUUCAAAGCGUAGCGGGAAAUAAGAGUAACUUCAAGUCCAAUUAUAAAUAUUGAAAUAAAUAAAUUUAUUUAAUUAU